CACAUUUCCUUUCACCAUCACUUCAAAUCCUAGAAACUCAAUCUUUCUCAAAUCAAUUUAUCAAAAAUGUCUGGCCGUGGAAAGGGAGGCAAGGGUUUAGGAAAAGGAGGAGCAAAACGACACCGUAAAGUUCUAAGAGAUAACAUUCAGGGAAUAACUAAGCCAGCAAUAAGGAGGUUAGCGAGAAGAGGUGGAGUGAAGAGGAUAAGUGGGUUGAUAUAUGAGGAGACACGUGGAGUGUUGAAGAUAUUCUUGGAGAAUGUGAUACGUGAUGCUGUUACCUACACUGAGCAUGCUAGGAGAAAGACUGUUACUGCUAUGGACGUUGUUUAUUCCUUGAAGAGACAAGGAAGAACUCUCUAUGGGUUUGGUGGUUAAAAAUUUGUUAAUCAGUGUUUAAUUUUAUUGUUGUUUGUUUGGUGUUGUUAAUGUAAUUUACUGGAUUGGCGUAUCAAUGAAAUGGUUUGCUAU